CCAAGCUUGCACUGCACCAUCGCACCAUUAUCACCACGUUUAUUGGAAGCCUAAUUAAUUCUUUAGUGGUGCUAUUCAUUAUUUCUUUUGGUUUUGAGGUUUUGAAUUAACAUCGGCCCUCGAAACCAAAGCUCGCCAUGCCGCCGUUAGAGCCUUCGCUCAGGCUCGCGCGCGAUGUGCUCUCGAAUCUGGCAUCCAGAUCACCACAGCCCUCGAUAGCGACGCCUACGCCAAAGCCGAAUCGGAAUCGGAAUUGGAACCGGAAUCUAAACCUCUCACAAAAGAUGCACGACUUCGCCUCCCGCUCCCGCACGCUCCUCCCCCGACUCGCGACGGACGUGAGCACGGUCCCCGAGGGAUACGGCCGGACGCCCAGCGGUCCGGACCCGGGCGCGGUGGCCGGCAUCGUCCUCGGCUCCGUCGCCGGCUUCCUGCUGCUGCUGUGGAUCAUAUACUGGUGCGUGAACCUGGGGGCCACCGCGACGCCCGUCGUCGUCGUCGAGGAGGCCUCCGCGAGCGGCGUGGGCCGCGGCUCCUCCUCCGUGGUGUCGUACCGCUCGCGGCCGAGGGUGCGCCGCCAUCACCGGCGCAGCCACCACUCGCGCGCGUCGCAGCCGUACGCCUCGCCGCCGACGCAGCCGCCGCCACAGCAGCAUCAUCGUCGAAAGGAGACCGUCGAGAUCACGCGGCGCGACCGGGUCGUCCGCCGCUCCGUGUCCUCGUCUCCCGCCCGCGCGCCUGAGGUCGACCAGAUCGUCGUGCUGGAAGAGCACGACAGGUCCCGAUCAAGAUCCCGAUCCCUAUCCCGCUCCCGCUCUCGGUCCCGAGCCCGGUCCUCGUCGAGAAGCAUCAGCCGCCCGCGGCCUCCGCUAUCGCGGAGCGACGCCGACGACGACGAGAUCGUGGUGAUGGAGGAGCAUUCGACGCCGCCCAGGCGGGCGAGCAGGAGCUACAGACGGAGGAGCAGCGAGAGGAGGAGCGAGAGGAGGAGCGGUGCGCAGUAUAGGGACGUGGAAUACCGUAGGAGGAGUAGUUCCCGAAGGUGAUGAUGAUGAUGGUGGUGGUGAUUUAAUUAAUUACAGCGGGGAAUUUGGAUGAGAAAAAUGAGCAAACCGAGCGAUUUUAUUUUUGAAGAGAGAGAGAAUCUUACGGCCACAUUUUUAAGCGCAACACGGACGAAUG